AUGGCUUCCGCAGAGGCAAUGCCCGAGAAGAAAGCGAAGUUGGAGCCCCAGAUCAAAUCGGUUGACAUGAGCGAGGACAUGCAACAAGAAGCGAUCGAAGUUGCUCAAGAGGCUAUGGAGAAAUUCAGUGUCGAAAAGGACAUUGCACAACACAUCAAGCGAGAGUUCGACUCGAAAAAGGGUGCUACGUGGCAUUGCAUAGUCGGCAGAAACUUUGGAAGCUUUGUUACUCACGAGACGAAGCAUUUCAUUUAUUUCUACCUCGGUCACGUCGCCAUUUUGCUGUUCAAGACUCAAUGA